AUGGCCAAAGGAAGAAAGUUCUUUUUGCAAAAAGCAAAUGUGAUGGUUUGUAAUACAUCAGGAAUUUUUAUAGUAUUUUUAGCUAUGGCAACAUUUGCAGUUCAUAGAUAUGCUUUUUAAGCGAGAGCUAUAACUACAGAAUUGCCUUAUGAUUAUAUCACAACGAAUGAAGUAUCUAGUUUUAUUCCGUAUGUUGGAUUUAAAGUUAGGCAAAUCAAUGUUGAUCAAUAGAUUCAGAACACUACAGCUUUGUAUCACCAUUUAGAUUAGCUAAAUUACACAAAGACAACUUUCAAUAAAGAUUCUCAGGAAUUUUUCAUGCUGAGCAUAAGGAUGAACUAAGGCAAAAAGAAGAAAGUUGGAAUACCUAAUAUUGAUAUGCUAAAUUCAAGAAACAUCUCUUAGAAUGGACUUGGAUUGGCAUAGAAUCUGAUGAACUUAAUCUUCACUGCAGGAAGACAAUCAAUUGCUUUAAAAAACUAAUAAAACGAAUUUGAGGAAGAACAGCAAUAUAUUUUUACAUAUUACAGAAAAGAACUUGAAAGCUUUAUCAGUCAUAUGAAUGAUCACUACAACUCUUCUUUGGAAGAAUACUUUUUGAUAUACUAUAUUUUUGUAGGCUUUAAACUCUUCCUUUUUUUUAUCUUAAUUUUCAGAAUGUACUCUGCAAUAAGUAUUUUGAAUAAAGUUUUGAUAUCGUUUGAGGAGUACUCCAUGUCUAAGAGAGGGUUUCUUCUAUUUUUAUUGUUUGUUGUCAUGAUAGUGAGUUCAGUUUUGCAAGUAAAAUUUUUUAAUGAAUUCAGUCACAACACUAGCAGUGCUACCUCUCUUUCAACUUCUCUGAUAAAUAGAUACACUGAUAUUUAAUUUGCAUCUGACUAUAUAUUUGAAUCUAUUAUGCUAGGUUCAGUAAAAAUAUAUGAUUAUAAUGAAAUUAUUUAGAAUAUUCUAUCAAAAGUAGAAUAAAACGAUGAUAGAAUAUAUAAAACUACAAAAGGUUCUGUAAAUACUCUAUCCAAGCACUUUCAACCGUUUUAUGAUGAGUUGUCGGUUUUAUAGAAUAGCUAUAAGUGCAACUAGUAUUUUGAUUACCAAUUUAAAUUGGAAGAUUGUGCAGAAUUCUGUGAAACCAAUUUGGUGUUUUACAACAACUAAAAGUAACCCAUAGAUACACCUUCAGUAGAGAAUUAUUAGAGCUUUAGAGAGUCAGGCAAAUUCCUCUGCGCUCUACCAUAGAAUGAAAAUGGAUAAUAGGGAAUCUAAAACUAGAUUAAAGCUUUAAAACAAUUGAUAAAAUAAAUAAGAGAUGAAUGGAGCGCUGUCUUAGUAAAUGAUUCAUAAGAUUAGUAGUCAUUAAGCAAAUAUUAAAAGACAAUUGAAUUCAUGAAUAAACAAUACUCAAAAUUCCCUGAAUCAUCUCUUUAUAAUAUUAAGUUGCAUAACAGCUAUCUCUUAAAACUUCUUUCAAAAUGCUACAAAGAUUAUUUAGAUAAUUUCGAUUUCUUAAUUUACAUAUACAUUUAUUUAGACUUAAUUAUUGGAACUAUUUUUGUAAUAAUUUGGGGAUUUUACUAUUACUAUUUAACUAAAGGACUAACUAAGCACAAGAGUAAAUUUGAAGAGCUCAAAGCAGGAGCUUAAGAUGAAUGA